AGAGAGUUUAGCGAGAGAUCCUGCCCAUCUCCCGGGUGUUUAAAAACUAACUCGGGACAAUAGCAACGAAUCAGAGCAUAAUUAAAUUAAUUAGUCCUUCUUGUCAAUUUUGGAUUAAUGACCAAUAGCAACCUCGUAAGGACGAUGUGAAACGUUAAGGGCUGUGCUGAUAAUGUUUCCCACUUCUAUCGCCUAUCAUUGCAUAGCGAAUGGAAGAGGGGGCUCAUCCCGGCAUCCUGAGGGGAGGUAAUUUGCACGGAUCAAGGGGCAGGCGUCGCAAAGUAUAAAUACUGUGACUUCAAUUGCGGAACACCAGCAGGUUCAAACUCCGCUACCAAGAGGAAUUGCCUGAGAUAUCUUUCUGACGUUUUCACCUGAGCCCAGAAGAGGGAGAGAUACGAGAGAGUUGGCAACAUCACCUUGCAUAUGUGGUCGACUUGAACGGACAUUAUUGAUGUCUUAAGCUGUUGUGGAGCUCAGAGCAAGUGCGACGGCGAGAGGGAGAGAGUGAGUGAGGGUGGGAGAGUGAGGAGAGGACAAGACGGAGAAUAUUUGAGGCGAAAGCAAUGAUGGAAGAACUCACCGCUUUUGUGUCCAAGUCUUUUGAUCAAAAAGUGAAGGAAAAAAAGGAGGUGAUCACGUAUCGGGAGGUGCUGGAGAACGGGUCGACGCGGGGAAGGGAGCCUCUAUCUAUGGAACCAGGUCGCGAGGAAGUGAGCGCCGUUUCGAGGGGUGUCGUGCGCUCCCCGAGCAGGGAGCGGGACAUGCUGGGCUCGGAGAGGACUAGGGACACGGGGAGCCCCAAACUCAUUGAAGGUAACACGGAUAUGAAAGAGAGGAAAGAGGACUCGAAGCCUUUGGAGGACGAGGCACAAACUAAAAUCAAGCAGAGGAGAAGUCGGACUAACUUUACGCUAGAGCAACUUAAUGAGCUCGAGCGGCUCUUCGACGAGACCCACUACCCCGACGCGUUUAUGCGCGAGGAACUAAGCCAGCGACUGGGGCUGUCCGAGGCUCGAGUACAGGUUUGGUUCCAGAAUAGACGAGCCAAGUGCAGGAAGCAGGAGAACCAACUACACAAAGGCGUCCUCAUUGGAGCAGCGAAUCAGUUUGAAGCUUGUCGUGUCGCGCCGUAUGUGAACGUGGGGGCCUUGCGGAUGCCAUUCCAACAGGAUAGUCAUUGCAACGUGCCGCCCUUCUCCUUUCAGGUGCAGGCGCAACUGCAGCUGGACAGCGCAGUGGCGCACGCGCACCAUCACCUCCACUCUCACCUGGCGGCGCACGCGCCUUACAUGAUGUUUCCCGCGCCGCCGUUCGGGUUGCCCUUGGCUACGCUCGCGGCUGAAUCUGCUUCCGCCGCCUCGGUGGUGGCCGCGGCUGCGGCGGCCAAGAACACCAACAAAAACUCAAGCAUCGCCGACUUGAGACUCAAAGCCAAAAAACACACGGCCGCGCUGGGACUGUGACGCCAGGACCCGCAGCUUUUCAGAAGGUCACUGCUGUUGACGGCGAGUCAUCAAACUGAGCGUUAAACAACAGCAACAACAACCGAAAGGUCGCUUACAAAGAGAAAAAUCAAGGACACUAUUUAUGUUUUCUUCUUUGUUUUUAAAUGAAGGACAAGCGUGUAUAAGUAAAGAAAUAUAGGCUAUUUAUAAAAAAUAAUAAUUAUGAACAAAGAUGGAAAGACUGGCAUGAGCCACGCGCAAGUGAACUUUGGGCGCCAAAUGCGCAUGGGGGGGGGGGGAAUGGGAGCAGGGAGCGAGGCUCCACGGUUCCAAGGUCCCCUGCGCGCGCACGGACACACAUACACACACGCGCGCGCGCACGCACGCACACACACACACACACACACACACACACAC